UGUGCAAGUUCUAAGAUUAUUAGAAAAGUUGGAAAGUUUUUUGCUAUUAAAAUUUAUUGGAAGAAUUUCUAAUUUUUAUAAGAAUCUUUCUUAUUCUUAUGAGACCAAAAACUGUUGGAUAAUGUUUUGUGUUACAGUUCUCUUAGUGUUGUGUUGCAGUGUCACAUAUGCCAAUACCAAUUUAACUUUUCCCGAAUCACUAUCGAAUUUCCGGUCGAUCCAUAUUAACGCUACCCACGAUCUUGGAUUGAUGCUCAAUAACGAAACCUACCAAGUUCUGCUGCCAGAGUCAAUCCUGCAAAAUGCCUCCUAUUUGGAUGCACUAACUGAAGACGAUUUAAAGAUGCUCAACGAACUCAAAGACAAUGAAACUUACAACCUAGAAGGGGAUGGAAUGGAAAAUGGAGGAGCAGAUGAAAUGGAAGAAGGAGCAGAGGAAAUGGGAGAAGAAGAAAUGGUCGAUGAAUAUGUGGAGAAAGGCUACAGGAAAGGAAACAAAAAAGUGAUAAAGACCCGAGCCCAACAAAGAUGUCCAACUUGUCAAUGCGGAAUCCGAAAUGCUCGGCGAAUAGUUGGUGGUAGAGUCACGCCAAAAUAUGUUUACCCAUGGGCAGUUGUCCUGAAAUACGGUCCCAGAUUUUUCUGUGGUGGCUCCUUAGUGACAGAUUUGCACAUUGUCACUGCCGGUCAUUGUACCGAAGGUCUGUCAGCGGCAAAAAUGUCUGCAGGUUUCCUCCAACAUGACCUCCGAGUACCAGAGCGAGGAAUUGCAUUCAUGCGGAAGAUUCAAUCCUACAGGAGACAUGCAAAUUACAAUUCGCAAACAUUGGAACAUGAUAUUGCCAUUUUAACUUUAUCGAGGAGGGUACCCAUAGGAUCAAACCUGUUGAGACCUAUCUGCCUUCCAGCAACUGGAAAAUCAUUUGUUAAAAAAAAUGGAUUCAUAGCAGGUUGGGGAGCAGUUGGGGAAUGGAGUAUGCCUUCAGCAAAGUUGCGUGAGGCCGUUGUCCCCAUUAUGAGUAACAAGAAAUGUCGCAAGACUGCCUAUGGAAAGGACAUCAAGAAAAGCAUGAUGUGCGCUGGGUACCCUAAACGGGGUGGCAUCGAUGCAUGCCAGGGUGACAGUGGCGGUCCUCUGAUGGUGCCGGAAAACAAACGAUUCUAUUUGGCAGGUGUGAUAUCCUGGGGAGACGGAUGUGGAGCAAGGAACCACCCGGGGGUGUAUACUCGAGUACCCAAUUACAUCAAAUGGAUUCGAAAUAGAACUAGAAACGGUUGCCGAUGCUCAUCAUGA